UAGAACUGAUGUUCGAUGUUUCUAACCAUGACUCCGAGACUCCGAGUUUGCACGAUUUGUUCCCGCCAGAGAACCGGUACUGACCGGUACUUGUGUCUUGCACGAUAUUAAUAUAAUUGUACUGCUCUUAAUUAUAACGAUUCGUUUCUUGUAAUUUAUUGUUUAUGUAACUUCGUGUCUCUAACGUAAAAAAAUGUCCGAAGUUUUGUUUUAUAUAGACAAGGCAGCAAUAACAGAAGAUAUGUGGACUCCAUAUAAGGAAUUACAAAGUCUCGUCGAGAAGUAUAUAAUAUCAGUUCCUGAUAUUCAAGACCCACAAUAUCAUGAGCUUACGGAAGCUUUACGAAAUCAUAGACAGAAUUUUCUUACUAUCUUAAAAAAUCCGCCAAAAAACAUGAAAAGUCGGGAGGAAAUUAGAAAAGGAGUUACUGACGGUAUAACACUACCUGGUUUGGGUCACCAAAUAUUAUCGAAGGAACUAGUGGAUGAGACUCUUAUCAUAUCAGACAUGUAUGACUUGAAUGAAUUCAUGGCACUGGAUCUCCUUUGUACGGCUCAACUUCAAAUGCCGCAUCAUCCUGGAUUAACGCGCGGUUUAACGGCUGUCCUCCUUUACUACGAUGGAAGGAAAGCACUGACAUCAGUAUUGAGAACAUUGGUACACACUCGCAUCGGCCACAGUUGGGCAGUGGAUGCACCAGUCGCACUUACCAGACACAUUACAGACUAUACAAACAAAUUGCAAGAAGAUGGCCUGUUGAACAGGAUUUUAUCCCUAUUGGAAGAAAUGGAUCCUACUAAGGAGCAAGAUAUGUUGCAACAAAAUAGAGCAUUGGGUGGAGCAAAGCAUCAUCAGAUGGUUAUGAAACUUUACAACGACACGCGACAAGACCUGGCCGAUAUCUUGUACUUAUGGUCUGCUCAGUCGUCUCUACCGAAUGCGAUUCUGUUUCGUCUGCUAUCUAUACUGCAGACACGCCAAGUAGAGUCCGAAGCAGGUGAAGGAGGACCUGACAAAGUUACACUUGCGCUCAUUAUGGCGGUUUUGAAUUCGCUCAAUUUUAGCUUCCUGCACAGUCGUGAAAAUGGCGAAGAAUUAAUUAAUUCAAUGCCGUUAAUAGCAGAGAGGGAAGCGCUCGAGGAAUUGAAUCAAAAAUUAAUAUCGACCAACAUAAAUUGGGAGAGCGCCGGAUUGCGAGGAGUGAUACAGUUCGCUUUAGCGAUAGCCAUAGUCACGAUCAAGACGACUAGCACUCAGUUCCAAUCUCAGAAUAUCACCACGGAGGACGAGAUCUUGGUAGAGGCGGCUCUCUCUAACAAAGCUUUCCAUUUUAUGGCCGAGGUCUUGUUCAAGAACAGUUGCAUACAUUACGAGGAGUUUUACGUACGUUAUUUCCACACGUUGAUUUCCGACUUCAUAUUGCUGAUGCCUGUCAAAGUCAAGGAAUUGCGCAGUCGCGCCGACGAGUCCAUGCGCUUGAUCCAAGCGUUUCAACAGGAAGGCAUCGAACCUCCGAUGAAUCUAGACAAUCACUUCGAGUAUCUAAUGUUGAUGGUAGCGGAAUUGUAUAAGAAAGAUCCGCUAAAGUUGAAUUUAGCUAUGGAUUAUUGGUGCCAUCAUACUGACACGAGUCACGUAUCAGCUCCUGCGUAUAUCAGUCGUCUGCCCUCCAGGCAAGUUGCUCUGUUCAAAUUCAUACGACUCGCCGGCGAAAUAUUGCCAGCAGGUUUGUUCGUUCCCUACAUGAAGAUGAUCGCAUCUCUAGCUUCGUCGCCGCAGGCAGCCAGACACGCGUUCAACUUUUUCAAACCCAAUGGAACAUCCGGUUCAGCAACAAUUUCAUGGGACCACUUCUUCAACUCGUUGAGCCGAUACUAUUACAAUUUGAGGCAGGAAUUGCCUCCAAGUCAAGACACAGUGUACAGGCAAAGGUGUCAUCCGAAAGGAAUCAUGCCUCAAGAGGUCAAAGGUCUCGAAGCAGUGCUGCUGGUCGUCCAAGUAAUAGCCAGAAACGAUGAAAUGUCGAGAGUGGCGAUAUGUGAUCAUCCAGGUUGGAAGGUCUUGCCGUCCCUGAUCGGCUUGGUGAGCUGCGCGAUGCCGAUACCUCUGAAGGGCGUGCUAAUAAGAACUCUCGCAUCAUUGGCCAGAUCCCCAGAAAGCUCGUCGAGUGUUUGGCAAAGUUUGGAAGCCGCUCAGAUUCUCUCUACUAUACCAACGACGAGCAGCUAUCAGCCGAGAGGCGUGCAAACGGAACUGGAAGAAAUUGAGUCCCGGAACGAGGAGUAUCCGUUAACGCGCGCCAUGUUAGAACUGCUCGAUGUGCUGACCGAUUUCCCGAUACCGCGUUUGCUGGGCGUGGGUCAGCGAAAUCCCGGAUUCGAUCCAUAUUUACACUUUAUCAUCAACACCGUCUUCCUGAGAUUUCACACCCGCUCGUACAAGAAUCCUGCCGAGAAGUGGGAGGUCGCGGAAGCUUGCUUGAAGAUAUUCUCGAAAUUGAUAAAUCAGUACGAGCCGACCGCUGAAGAUUUUGUUGGCUGCAAGGUCGAGUUGCAGGGUGGCGAAUCGACAUUAGUCAAUUCAGCGCCGGGAUAUCAUUUGAUGACGCAACUGCACACUGCAUCCGAGUUGUUGCACGUGAUUCUGUACAUUCUGGAUGAGGGCUGCCAUCACUUCGAUACUUACGACGGUUUCACGGGUAAAAAGCACCUGGAGAAUUGUAGCCUUUACUGCUUGGAGAUACUGGAUCGCGGACUGAAGAUGCAGAACAACUACAUGGUGCAGUUAACGGUCAUACCGUCCAUGAACAAAAUUAUAACCGGACUGUCGCGUUUGCUGCUUGGCGUGAAUCCCCGCACCGGCAAACCGGAUCACAUGAUCAACAUUGUCAAGUACGUCUCGUACAACUCGUGGCUACCGAAACAGGCGUUUAUCGCUGUUAGCGUUAUCCACGGCGUGACCAACGAGCCUGGAGCGGAUUCCGACUUGCUAUCGACAUUUACGGCAACUUCAACUUUAGCGACGAACAUCAGACACGGCUUCGUCGAGUGUCUAGACGUGGACGUGGUUUUGGAAGAAGACGACGAGAUGACCGAGCAAAGCAGGCUGCAAGCCGGGAAUUGCAAAGAGAGAAUUCUAUUAUUACUGAUGCACAGUAUCACGCGGCCCGCGCCCAAUCUCGCGCAUUACCUGCUUGGUUUCGAAACGACUAAGGACAUCAAGAAGACCAUUAUCCAGCAACCGGGAAUCCUAGGAUUUCCACGUACCUGUCUACAUUCCAUCCUGGGCAUUCUAGAGCAGUCCCUCGAUCGCGGCCGCGACAAAAUAACCGAAGCUUGCUACUGUUAUCUCCACACAUUAGCGGCUAACAGUAAAACAUCGACGCCCGUUCUCAGGUUCCUACGCACCACAAGCAAUCAGGACUUUGUGCAGAGGCACUUGUCAAAGUUACCGUUUCAAGGUCCAAACAGAUCAACCGAACUCGGCUGCAUGUCAUGGCUGUUGAAAAUAGCGGCUAUUGAAUUGCGAGUUGCUGGCGGUAGUUUGCAGACCUCUCUGAUUCAACGGUUGGUGGGAAGUUUUAAUCAAGAGAGGGAUCAGAUCGUACCAUCCCAGAAGCUCUUGAUGGAUCUGCUGCAUUACAUCGACUUCCAACUGUACUUGGAGCCCUCUAAGUCCUGGGAGUUCUUUGAUCCGUCGCAAAUCGAGGUGGUACUAGGUAGGUGUAGCACUCCCGUCGCGCUGCUGGGCGGUCCACGGCUCAUUGAUAUCAGAAAGCUGCACUCGCUGAUCACCGAGGAGCUAACGGUGACGCAAAGCAGCGCGACUGCCACCCAACGUAAGCUCAUGCAGCAGGAGGUGAAGUCCAUUCUCGCGCACGCGUUGAAGAAGAAUCAAACUAAGGUCCUGUCUUACGCGACCGUUAAGUUCGUAGAGGGCUGGUGCCAGACUACGGAGAUACUCUUCUCCGUCGCAACGAAUCAGCAACUGCCAGCGACUCAGCGGCAGAACCUCUUGUUGAAUCUUUCGCAUGACUUGCUGCAGAAGAUGACGUCCUGUGAAGCGUUGAGCGAAAUCAAGACACUCGUGUCUGGCACGGUCUUGAUGCUGCUGGUAAAUCUGCGAAAUAGCUUCGUGAUCCAGUCGGACAACGAGUUAAUGCCGUCGUCACCGUCGAACACCACCAUGAUGAAGAUCAUCCUGAGCCACAUCCUACAGUGGAUCAUAAACGCCGGUGCCUCCUCGCAGAAAGUCGUGACCCAUCUUUACGCAGCUCUAUUGAACUUUUUGAGCAUCGUCGGCUUAGAAAAGUCUGAGCACGUCAGCACGAUCGACUCAAUAUACAUCAGCCAGCUGGACAACUCACUGAACCGACUUAUGCCCGUGCAGGAACGCUCGCAGCGUUACGCGACGAUCCAGGUGAUCAACAGUUUUGGUAAUCAGCUGAUGGACAUUCUGUGCCACAAUUGCUCAGGCGGGCAUGACGUGUGCAAGAUGCUCGCGUUGUCCUGCCUAGACAAGAUCCUCGAAUUGGAUUGCGACAAUGCGUGGAUGAUCUACUUGGCAAGCAGGGGCUAUCUGAAGCAUAUGAUCGAUAGCUUAUUGGAAUCGGACAAUCUGUUGCGCUGUAUGUUGCAGCCGGAACCGCAGACCUUGCGGCCUUUAUACUUAUACGAAGCGAAAAUGGCGAUCUUUUGUAGAAUGGCGUCAACGAGAUUUGGCGCCGAGAGCCUCUUGGAGAACAAGAUCUUACUCUGCAUGUCCAGCAUGUGUGUGUUCGAUCAUCAUCCCGACGUGCACAUAGGCUUCGAAGGUGGCGAUUACUCGUUCAUACCGUCAGUUGGGCAGCGAUAUCAGCAGAUCUUCUUGCCAGCUUUGUAUCUCUGCGACGCCCUGUUCACUACUCUGGGAACGGAAAAUCAAUCAUGCGCCGUGCAAGUCUGCGGGUUUCUGCAGAGUCACAGGGACACUGUAGAAAUGGCUUUGAGAAAUGCGUUUUCGCAUGCCAAUGUACUUUUCUUGAAGGAAGUCGCCUGUCUUACCGGUGUAAUAUCCAGAUCCGCCAACAUAGAUAUGUACAAAUUAGUGGAUGAGGAAUUGGCGAAGACAAAUAUAGAUGAUUAUAAAUUAGAGAACAGUACUGGAGUGAGAGAAUUGCGGGCGCACCUGUACCGGCUGCAGAAACUGAUGCUGUCACUGCUGCACAAAUUUCAGUUGCAAUCAAUUCCGAUGAAUCAUAAUUAUCAGCAGACUGACGCAAACCAACAGUAUAUCUCUUGCAUACAGAUAGUCGCCAACAUCAUGUUGUACACGCGUAAUCAAAUGCAGCACAGCUGUAUGGAUCAGAAAAUACGGAACGUCCUAUUUGAUCCUCAUUUAACUCCGAAACCUGGAGGGAGACAGGACAAGAUAAAAGAUACGUCUGGAGGAGUGCAUUUAGGCAUGAUAGUUGAACAGCUGGUUUCUGCAACAAACUUACUGCAUACAGAGUUACCACAUAUCGACUCGCUAAUAAAGAAGGCACAAAUGGUAACGGACAUGAGCACGACAGAAUUGAAGAAGUACAUGUCUGGAAACGAGGUAGAACUCGAUAUAGGGAAACAACGGCUGCUCGUGGAGCAACGACUAAAUCGUUGGGUGAAAGAUAAGCGACAGAGCAUAAAGUAUUGCUCUUUCAUAAUAGAGCAUGCUUUAUACAUUCUUUGGAGUCACUUGGACUUUUAUACCAUGCAAGUAAUAUCGCGGCAAACUCAAAGGGUACAUGUAUCUUCAGGUGGUGUUGAUGAGAGUAUGAUAGAGUGGAAAGUCUCGUCAGAAACUUUGAUGGAACUGAAGCAGGGGCUCGUUUCCACAUUUAGUGAUACCUUUGUCACACAGUUACUGGAUACGACGCACAGCGAGUACGCGACAGUGGACCGUAGCUUCAUAGAAGCUCUUAUCAGACGAAUUAAAAGAUUAUUACAGUUUAUAAUUAUAAAGUGA